AUGGCGGCCAUGAACAAUAUCCAGGUAGAACGCGGGUUGAGGUCUACUCGCAUCCAGCGCAGGAGUGACAGCAGCGUUCAUGAUGAGGUGUCACCGUUUGAGAUGGUGGAGUUUUCUGGGAGGAAUUUUGAGCUUGAUUUCCAUAGGCUAGAGUCGUUUGAUGAUGUACGGGUUAUCAAUAACCCUGAACUUUCGCCGAAGAGCUCAUAUACUGCCAUUAGUCACAAUGAGGGGCUGGAGCCUGCAAGUAGUGCCUUUGAAGUUCCCUCCGACGAGAUUGCUAUACUAUCGAUAUCUAGCAGCGGUACUAAAAGUUCACCACCAUCAGACCAGCCGGGCGCCAAUCUUCGCAAUAUUCAAUAUUCUACUAACUCCGAUAGAAUAGAUGAGUGGUGUUUGAGCAGCCACUUCUUCAAUGGGUUGCGACAGAAUGUAUCUCAGCCAAACGAUAGCACCACUCAGGGGUUCCCGGUUUCCUCUUUCAGGGAAAUGGAACUCCACACAUCCGCAAGACUAAAGAAGCUCACAAACAGCCAAAGAAUUGCGGUGCAACAGCUAUCAAGAGACUUGUAUCCCAUUUUAAGAACCUGUCGCCGUACAAAAUCCCGGGGACCUCUUUUGAUAUACCGUCAAGAAAGACUAUAUGAUGAUAUACCAUCGUUUUUCCCACAGCGUGACUCCAUUUUCAGGUAUUAUUCGUUGCCUUUUGAAUUCGACAGAUUUUCAGACGUCGAUAUAGAGUCCUCGUCGCCUUCACGACUGGCAGAUGAUAAUUUUCGAGAACCGUCAAACCGCUCAUCAAGUACUGCAUCUUCGUCGGUGGAAAACAGGUCUUGGUUUGGGUGGACUUUGCUUUCUAGGUUUCUGGAUAGGGAAUGGUAG